GUGACGUAUAAUCUAGUGGACGGGACGUUUCUUCAACAACAACAGCUAGUCAGACACCUCACUACCUUUAUAGACAAAAAUCGUUGUAUAGUUGCAUCUGUGUUUUAAAAAUACGUAUGUCUAAUAGCUAGCUAGUUUCCCCAUUUCAUUUCAUAUAUACGUUGUUAGUUAGCUGGCUUGAUAAAUUAGCCUAUUACUAGGCUAACGAACGCCAGCUAGCUAGCUAACAUCUCCGACCAUGAGCUCACUAAGCUACUCUCCUCCUGCUAAAGAAGAGGAGGCCUGCUGGACGGAGAAAGAGACUCUCGUUAAAGAGGAUGAGGAGGCUGUUACAAUACAACAACAAGUAGAGGGUGAGGCUGUUACAGUGAAAGAAGAAGAGAAAGAUGUUUCAGUGAAAGAAGAGGAAGACGCGUUCAGAGUGAAAGAGGAGGGGGAGGAGGAGGCUGUUACAAUACAACAACAAGUAGAGGGUGAGGCUGUUACAGUGAAAGAAGAAGAGAAAGACGUUUCAGUGAAAGAAGAGGAAGACGCGUUCAGAGUGAAAGAGGAGGAGGAAGUUACAGUUAAAGAAGAGGAGGAAGAGACUGAGGAUGAUGCAGUUUUUAGAGUGAAAGAGGAGGAGGGGGAGAUGACUGUCACAUUGAAAGAGGAGGCGGAGACAGGAGAUCUGAUUAAGACCAGAGAGAGACCAGACUCUCCCUCUGAAAGCAGGAAGAGUCCUUCAGGGGAACCAGACCCAGAGACGCCCAAACCAGCCAAACGACAUCACUGCUCCUACUGCGGAAGGAGUUUUACUAAGUUACGAAACCUAAAAGAGCAUGAGAGGACACACACAGGAGAAAAGCCUUUCCAAUGUUCCCAGUGUGGAAACAGCUUUAGUCAGUUAGGGAGCCUGAAAAUACAUAAGAGAAUACACUCUGGAGAGAAGCCUUAUCACUGCUCCCACUGUGGAAUGACUUUUACCUGUUUAGGGAGCCAGAAGUCACAUGAGAGAAUACACACAGGAGAAAAGCCCUACGACUGUUCCCACUGUGGAAAGAGUUUUAGGUGGUUAGAAGGCCUGACAAAGCAUGAGAGGACGCACACAGGAGAAAAGCCCUACCAAUGCUCCCACUGUGGAAAGAGUUUUACUCAGUUAGGGAACCUGAAAUCACAUCAGAGGGUACAUACACAGGAGGAGAAGACAUACCACUGCUCUCAUUGUGGAAAGACAUUUUCCCAGUCAGAGGACCUGAAAUCACAUGAGAGAAUAGAGAGGCUGUGUUCUGACUUAUGUUUUUGACUGAGAAUGUGUGUUUUUGUUCUUGCCAAAUGAAAUCAUAUUGUUUAUAUGAAAUCAUAAAAAACAUAGGUUUACUUUUGUGGAUGUUUUUUCAUCUGGAGACAUGAUCAUGUCUAAAAUCAGAAUCAAAUCAAUGUUUACCUUACUGUGAAAUGCUUACUUACAGGCCCUAACCAACAGUGCGAUUUUAAGUAAAAAAUAGGUUAGUCAGGCUGAUUGAGGUAGUAUGUACAUGUAGAUAUGGUUAAAGUGACUAUGCAUAUAUGAUGAACAGAGAGUAGCAGUAGCGUAAAAGAGGGGUUGGUGGGUGGCGGGACACAAUGCAGAUAGUCCGGGUAGCCAAUGUGCGGGGGCACCGGUUAGUCGGGCU